AUGGUCGCCAUCCAAAACAUCUCUUUAGUCCUAUUCGGGCUGGUUGGACUAUCAUCUGCUAAUGGACUCGGCCCGUUCCGCCAAUGCCUCACUACUGCGGCUUGCGGUGUUAGCAAAGUCUGCAACUUCGAGACUCUGACUUGCAUCACCAACCCAAUGGUCUCCAAGCGCGAUCUUCUAGUCGAUCUCCACGACAGGGCUGUCUUUGGCCACGACCACGCAAAGAGAAACAUCCCCGGCAAGCGCAGUGAUUAUUGGGGGCGCCGGAACCGUGAACUAUGA